CAUGCUAUGACAGCGUCAGUGCUUCUCCGUCCGCGCUGGGUUGACCCGGUGAUGUUUCUGUACGAUAACGGCUCAGACGAUGUAACCGGAGGCAUGGAUGCGUUUUCGGGCGGCGACUUUGCUGCGAAUCGGUGCAGGAACGUGAUGGCGCACCCGGCGUCGCUGCCUCCCGGCGCCGCAUACGCGUCCAUCGAGGUUCCGGCGCCUGGCGCGGGCGAACCCGUUAAACGGUGCGGCCCCUGCUCUGCCGCCCGCGGCUCCUCCGCCGCCUCCCUGCCCUACGGCUACUUUGGCAGCGGCCACUACCCGUGCCGGAUGCCCCACCAGUGCGGCGUCAAAGCGGGCACGCAGCCCUCCCCCGCCUACGGGGAGAAAUACAUGGACACGUCCCUUCCUGGCGAGCAGUUCGCGUCCAGGGCGAAGGAGUUUACGUUCUAUCCGAGCUACGCCGCCGGUCCAUAUCAGCCCGUGCCCAGCUACCUGGACCUUUCAGGCACGAGUGGCCCCGCGGAGCCCCGGCACGAGCCCUUGCUGCCCGUGGACAGCUACCAGCCGUGGCCGCUGAGUGACGGCUGGAGCGGCCAGGUCUACUGUGGGAAGGAACAGACACCGCCGUGCUCCCUGUGGAAGUCACGCCUGCCAGAUACCGCGUCACAAGCGGGAGUGGACGGCUGCCCUUUUCGCCGUGGGAGAAAGAAGCGCGUGCCGUACACCAAGGCACAGUUGAAGGAGCUGGAGCGCGAGUACGCCGCCAAUAAAUUCAUCACGAAGGACAAGCGAAGGAGGAUAUCCGCGCAGACCAGCCUGUCCGAACGGCAGGUCACCAUCUGGUUCCAGAACAGGCGCGUGAAGGAAAAGAAAGUGGUCAGCAAACCAAAGAUUAACAGUUAGUUCCACCGGAGCCAAAAUGCAACACAACACAACAAGCCAAACGAAAGAGAACAGGGACGGAAAACAUAUCGACGGCCCGAAAGCUCUUCUGUUUGGAAUAUGACUUCCUUAUUGCCGCCGAUUACACACAACAUCCACAUUUUGUCGCCCGGUGGAGUCGAUUGUAAAAUGAGAGAGCGGACGCAAACAGCUGCAUAGACGACUGUAUGUGGCGCGAGACGAAGUCGCGUGAGAUGUGUUUUUCUUGGGCUAUGUUUUUAGUUUGCUGACGAGUGAAAAGCAAAAACAUCGGGUAGGCUAAUCAUCUUCAUGUCAAAAUAUAAUUCGUGGGUCUGUGGUCAGAGUAUUAGGGUAUGAACUCUCUACUGACCAAGGAAAUUACUGUAAUCUGCUCAGGAACUAGCUCGUGGUAAACCAAUAUUCAUCAGGAUUCCAAAAUAAUAACCACUGUGUGUUUGAUGCGUCGAAAAGUGGCCUAUUUUAAUGAUGUAAAGUAAGUUGUUAUUCUGAAUGAUUAAAUGGCCAAAUACUCUUCACAAAAUCUAAUUCCUUAUUGAAACAAUCAGUGCGCUGCCUUAAUAUUUUUUGAAGAUCGUGUUCAUGAUGUGAUUAACACUCUCACUGAUAACAAUCUUCUGGUGCAAUUUUGCCAGUCCUUCAUAAUCAGUCCUUCAGAAUAUCGCCAGAAAAAAACGUGUGUAAAAUUUAGCUCUCCGUGAUAUCGCCUUAAAUGUGAUUAUUCAUAAAGGUAGGCAAAACUGCGUGUAAACUGUUGAAUAAUUCGCUGGUAUAUCUGUUUGUUGUCCGUGUGCCUUGUACAAUGACCAAAGAGAAUCCCAAUAAAGCUCUGGACAUAAAUUUGACGAGCACUACGACUUUAUUUAGGCUGUGCCCACUGUACGGGCACUGCACAGGCCCCCCACACUCAAACACUGAGGUACAGUAAACUCGUGCCCGUGCGUUAAAAGUGCCCAGCGAUGUAUUUUAAACGUUUUAACGUGAGUUCU